GUUGCUGCUGCUCUGCAAUUGUGACGAAAAUACGUUUGCCGCUUGAUUUUCGUAUAAUAUUGAAGAAGAAGACAGCGACGCCUAUCUCGUUUUUUGUUCAAUGUGAAAUGUCUACUAGUAUGUGUGCGUGUGCGCUGAUUAAAAACCAGCUGAGUGAGUGCGGACAAGUCUCGUGAAUGUGCGCCUUAAAAACAAAAGGGUCGUUGUUAGUUGCAUUUAACCGUUUGUUGUCAUUAGAAAACGGAGAUUGUGACUAUACGAUAAGCUGCCGCGAGUUUUGUAAUAAUAUAUAAUACCGAGACAAAUAUUUAAAACGAAUAUCAGCAACUUAAAUUCCCAAAUGCAUUUAAGCAACAUGUGUUGAAUCAAAUACGCUCAUUCAAAAACAACAACCUCAAAUUCUAUCUUCCUAUUUUUAUUUGUUCUUCGUAAAAGACUAACAAAAAAUUCCAGAGAUUCCUUAAAUAGUCCAUAACGCAACAAACAACGAACUAAGCUUCCAUUUGUCGUCAUUUUGUCUCCACAAAAGUCUGCCCACCUUCUUCCACCUUGUCAACAAAUUGUUUUGUGGUGUGAGUUGUAGUGUGUGUCACAAUGGUUGCUGCCGGCCUAAAACAACAAUUACGCGGCAAUCGUUGUUAUGUCUCAUUGGCCUGUUCCAUAGGCUCUAUUAGCCUGGCUGCUGGCAGCUUCUUGCAAAUACCCAAUACCACAGAUCGCAUAUCCUUUCAGCGUGGCCUAUUUCUAUCUUCAUUGGGUUUCAUCUAUUUCAUUUCAUUGACGGAUUUCUGCAACAAAUAUUUGCUGGAGACAAGUCAUGGCAUUAAAUUUCGCAAGAAAUACCGGCUCAUGAUGUCAGAUAUCUUGGAUAUGACCAACAAAAUUGUUUCCGCAAUACAGGCUUCCUUCUCAUUCCUGGUCGGUUUGAUUGUCUGCAAAUCGACAUGCAGCAAAACCUUCGUCUAUGCCUCACAUUGUCUUAUGGAGGGCUAUGGGUGGUUUGGUACAGCAUAUUUCAUGUAUGACAUUUGGUCCAUGUACCAGGUGCAUACACAGAAAAUUGCCGACAAACUUAAGCUAAUGAAAAUUACCUCCUCGGCCUCGUUUACACCCAAACCCAUAGCAAAUGGCCAGUCGAAUGGUGGCCUCUAUGAUAAGCAUAUUGCGCGUACCUUUGGAGCCAAUGGUAAACGUUUGAAAGCGCUGGCCGAAAGCACCGAUACCAAUGGCAAUGAUGAUAUGCAGCAUAUACGUCAUCAUGAGGAUGAAAUCUAUGAUUAUGAUGGUGAGACAGUACAAAUACCAGAGAAUGGCAAAUGGGGUUUCUUUAAGUAUCUCAUAACACAUCCGGUAAUGAUGAUUCAUCAUAUAUUUGUGGGCACAGUGGGAUUUUUGGUAGUCACUUACAUUCGCGGUGGUGGCCAUUGCAUUUACAGUUACAUGUUUAUGAUGGAAUUCUCCACUCCAUUUGUUUCAUUGCGCAGUAUUCUAAGCACCUUGGGUCUGAAGGAGACACGUACCUAUAUCAUCAAUGGCCUGGUUAUGCUAUUCUCCUUCUUUGUGUGUCGCGUCAUCAUGUGGCCCUAUGUCAUGUGGCGCUAUAGUGUGGAGAUAAAUGUUACAUUUUUACAGGCCAUUGUGGGUUUGCCCAUUGGUUGUAUUUUUGGUAUUUUGGUGUUGUUCCUGCCCCAGUUAUAUUGGUUCUUUUUGAUGUCCAAAGGGGCCAUGAAGGUCUUCUUUCCUAAAAAAUCGUCGUCCAAGCAUGUACCGAUAAAUGGCGCUGCUGUCACCAAUGGCAAAUCAUCAGCAUUACAGAAUGGAUCAACAACAACAAAGUAUACGACAAAUGGUAGCCUAAAGAAAUCUGAAAUCACCACCUAAAUCCAGCUAGUAGAGCAUCAACAACGCAACACAAAACAAACGAAACACACAAAGAGAAAACAUUUAUUUUGAUUCUUUUUUUUUGGAAAUACAAAAGCAGCAGCAACAAUAAGAAAACAAAAAAUACUUAUCACAAAAUAUAACUAAGUCUGCUAAACAAAUGAUAGAAACUAAAAAAUAUGAAAAAGAAAACUUCUAACUGUUAAUUACCAUUAAAGCAGAUUUAUAGAAGAUAAAGUCAGUUGGCCAACGUAGAUAAAACCGUUUUAGUGCUGGUAAUGCAGGUUCCAAUGUGUGGGUUCGUUAAAACCGUGCAGGCUUCAAGCCUAGGGAGCAUUCUAGUGAAAGUUAAAGACAACACUGAAAAAAGAUUAUACCGUUAACAGCAGAUAAAACCAUGCGUUUGAGGAUAAUGCAGUCUUAAACCAACACUGAAGUGCUUUAUUUUAUUAGGACUGCCGACUUUAUCAUUUCUUUCUGCAUAUACUGCUUUUUUCAAACAAUUUAUUUACAAUUUUCUUUUUUUAUUAAAUGAAAAUAAACAAAUCUUUAAAAUGUUGCUUUUAUCUUUAAUUAGUUUUAAAUGCAUUUACUUUUAUUCUAACCAAAAUAGUUCAAUUCUCCCUCAUAUACAAAAUAAAUAAAAAAAUGGGAAAAACAACUUAUUGGUUUUAAAAACUCCCAAAAAAACACAAAGAAAUUUUUGAAUGAAGACACAAGAGAUUCUUUAAGAAUUAAUAAUUGUUAUUAUUAUAAUUCAGCAUAUGUAUCCUAAAUAUACAAAUGAAACAAAGAAAGAAAAAGCCAAGCCCCAUUAUUGCCUGAACAAAAUAGGUUUACCUAAUAAAAUUUCAAAAAACAACUGAUAACUGAUUUUAUUUAAAAAUUGUUUUUAAAUAAACUGUAUAAUUUUUUAUAAAUAUAUACAUUUAAAUUUAAAUUUUCUAUUUGAAUUUAACAUAACAAAAAGACGUUUUUACCCCCUCCCAUCACUCAAUCCCAUGGAAAUUAAAAAAAAAAACCUAUACAAAUAAUAGUCAUAAACCAUUUUUUACCAUUUACCUACUUCAUUUCAUUUUGUUUUUAUUUAUAAUUUUAUCCAUUUGUAUAUUGUAUGUACUAUGUGUAAAAAACAUAAGAAAGUUGAGAAGGUUGAGAACAAGUACGAAUUGUUUAUUAAAGUUUAUAAAAUAUGUUAAGCUAUUAACAAAUGAUAAAUAAUGAAAUAAAUAAAAAAUCAAAACAAGUAAUACAUAACAAAAGACAUAACAUAUAUUCGUAUAACUCUAUUUGAGCUUGUUGCGUGUGAUAAUGGUCAUAUGCAAAUAUUAAUGUAGUGUGUAACAACAACAAAAAGAUAAAAAAAAACAA